AUGAUGACAGCAAAAUCGGCCAGAGAGGACCGGAGGAAAUACUGGACUGAAAUAGCAACCUCCAUGGAGCAGGCCUCGAACGUUGGUGAUACUCAAAAGCUCUACCAACGUAUCUACCAGGCUAGUGGUAAGCUGUCUUCAUUGAAUGACUCAGUUCAUGAUGCGAAUGGCGGCUUUCUUGUUGACAACGUGACCAAAGUCGAGCACUGGUGUGAGCACUUCGAGCACCUCAACUUCGAUAUGGAGCCCAGCACCCCCUGCUCUCUUCUACAGCAGAGCCUCCUCCAUCUUCCACUUAUCCAGUGUCAUGCGACCCGCCUUAUGCAGAAGAAAUCGCCAAUGCCAUAG